ACUCCACUCAAUUAAAAAAAGUUUUAAACUUUACAAGAGAUAUAGAGAGAGUUGUUGUUACAGCAAUCCAUGGCGGCUUGCAAAGUCAAGAGGAUUAAGCUGGGAAGCCAAGGCUUCGAGGUAUCGGUGCAAGGCCUAGGUUGCGUGGGCCUCAACGGCCAUUACGGUGCUUCGAAGCCGGAAACUGACGCCAUCGCUCUCCUCCACCACGCUGUUAACUCCGGCGUUACUUUCUUUGAUACCUCUGAUAUCUAUGGCCCUGAGACCAACGAAGUUCUCCUCGGAAAGGCUUUGAAGGAUGGGGUGAGGGAGAAAAUGGAACUUGCCACCAAAUUUGGAAUCAGUUAUGGAGAGAGGAAGAGAGAGAUAAAGGGAGAUCCUGCUUAUGUUAGGGCUGCUUGUGAGGCUAGUUUGAAGCGGCUAGAUGUUGCCUGCAUUGAUCUGUAUUAUCAGCAUCGGAUAGAUACUCGUGUCCCUAUUGAAAUCACUAUGGGAGAACUGAAGAAGCUGGUUGAAGAGGGUAAAAUAAAGUACAUCGGUUUGUCUGAAGCCUCUGCCUCAACUAUCAGAAGAGCGCAUGCAGUUCACCCAAUUACUGCAGUGCAGUUAGAAUGGUCCUUGUGGACGAGAGACGUUGAAGAAGAAAUCGUCCCGACCUGCAGGGAACUUGGGAUUGGAAUUGUUGUGUACAGUCCUCUAGGAAGAGGUUUCUUUGCAUCUGGACCCAAGCUUGUUGAGAACCUAGACAAUAAUGACUUCAGAAAGGCUUUACCAAGAUUCCAACAGGAAAACUUAGACCACAACAAGAUUCUCUAUGAGAAAGUUUGUGCAAUGUCGGAAAAGAAAGGAUGCACUCCCGCACAACUAGCCCUAGCAUGGGUUCACCACCAGGGAGAUGAUGUAUGUCCCAUCCCAGGAACCACUAAGAUCGAAAACCUCAACCAGAAUAUUGGAGCUUUAUCAGUGAAACUCACUCCUGAAGAGAUGUCUGAGCUCGAGACCAUAACCCAACCAGAGUCUGUGAAGGGAGAAAGAUACAUGGCCACAAUGCCAACCUUCAAGAACUCCGACACUCCACCAUUAUCUUCUUGGAAUGCUGUGCAAAACUGUCUAUGAGUUUCUCUAGCCAAACCGCAGCAAGAAUAUGUUAUUAGUUUAUAGUGCGUUCCGCCUGUAGAAACUAUGCAUAUGCUAUCAAAAGAUAAAUUUUAUGUAUAGGAUAUACUGUUUUCUAUAUUGUGCCUACUCUCUGCAUAAUGCAGACUGCAUAGUCUUAGUGACCCAUAAUCAUUUCAUG